ACCUCUCCCCACCACCAGAGUUAGGCCAGGCGCCGAGACCGCAGCAUGGUCCCCUCAGAAGAUCCCAGGGACAGGAGAACCGACCCCAAAGUCACUGAUCCUGAGACAGAGCUGGCCAGCGGUCCAGAUGGAAAGCUGGCCGGCCAUCAGAAGACCCUCCCCUCAGCCCACCUAACAUUCCUCAUGGACUGUACUCCCGGGAAACAGCUUUCCCUGCCAGUCCCACCGCUGCGUCCCCAAGCUCCCUGCCGCCCCCUGGGCCCAGUCACUCCUCCCAUGAAAACCUACCUAGUGUUCUGUGGGGGCAACCAGCCCUAUCACACUCAGGAGGUCGGAGCGGGUAUGGGCCACUUCACCCAGGCCAGGGAGACCACGGGGCCUUGCAAGGCGACGGAGGCCCCAGCUUCUGCUCCAGUCAGCCCCCUCUGCACCCAGGAGGUCCCGGAAGCCAAGAAGAGCCCCGUGAAGGCAAUGCCUGUGAGAUAUUCAUCCUCGGGGGCAGCCAAGGGCUUGCUCAAAGGGCUUCUCAACUCCUGUGUCUGUGGCAGGGGGAUGGCUGACAGAACGGAAGAUGCGGCUGGCCAGCCAGUGUCUAAGGCCCCAGGGCCACACUUCCAGGAACCCAGUUCCUCGUCCCCAGCCCCGCAGAAGUCUCCUGUGCCUAAGCAUUAGCUGCAGCAAAGGACGUUCACGGAGGUCACGCACACUUAGGGAUCUUAUUUCCUCCUUCCUUUCGUCUUUCUUUUGUCCUUCAGCGGAAACAGGAUUGGGGACUUGUGUUGAAAAGAGACUCUUUGAUUCCUACAACCCUCUUCUCUACAAGUAUAUUUAUUUUUAGAUUAUUUUUAUAAGGGCUGUGCUGGGAGAGGGGAGCAGCAUUCCAGGGAUGGGAUCCAGCCUUGCCCACACUAGGCUCUGCCAUCCGAGCUGUCCCCCCAACCCUCUGUUCAUGCAUUCCUACCACAUGUCCUGAUGGUGCACCUUCCUAUGAGAGGCCUGCAAAGCACGGGAGACAGCACGGCGUUCUUGGAGCUUCUGUUUUG